AUGGUAAGACCAUCAAAGGUAGACAAGUCCGCGAAGUGGUCGGACGAACUCGACGCCGAGUUUGUGGUCUUGUAUGCCGAAGCAGCAGCAAAGAGCGUAUACGUUGCAAGUGGUGGAAAGCAGCUCAAAUCCAAGGGAUGGUCCGAUCUCCUCGUGCCCCUUGAUUACGUUGAUUACAAAUGGCUCAUGCUGAAGUUUUCGGGGGACGGCUUGGUUGGCGUGUCUGAAGAUACGUGGGGUGAGCUGGACAAGCACCCAAGAAGCAUGCCGUUGUCGCGCUUCCAGGAACGGCCAUUUCUCCACUAUGAUGCUAUCGCAGAGAUAGUAGGUGACGCGAUGGCAACUGGGGAGUACAUUCGUGGAAUGCCCACGGCUGGAGCUGAGGUGGCUGCUUCGGGGGUCUUGGACACGUCGGAACCGGAUGUGUUAUCGUUGUCCGCUACCCAGAAGCGCAGGAAACUAAUCAAUGACAGCAUGAAGCAAACGCGCAUAAAAAGAGAUGAAGCGUCGGCUGCGUCAUUGGCGAUCAAGCAAAGGAAUAGUGACACGCUGGCAUCGAUGUGCGCCACGAUGCAGAUGAUGACGAAGAUCUUGGCAGCUAAAACCAAAAUCCAGCACUUACUUGAUAACGAUGAAUAG